GCAAUAAUAUGUGAGUGAAAUUGGAAGCUUUCAUUUAAAUUCUGAUCAAGCCAAAAUCUGAUUUAUGUUGAUACUUAUAUGAUUUGUGGAAUUAAUUAAUGCUGGUUGGACGCUGCGUUCUUAAUUGAGAUAAAAAGGUACUCACAACAAUCCCACCCAAAUUUCUUCAAAGCAUUUUAGAUAAUUACCCCGAGAGAUGCAGCAUCCGUUGCACCCGGAACAUACCCUUGAGAUCACUGAAAGAUAUUAUAGGAAAGAAUGCCAUGGCUGCGGUGAAGAAUGGACCGGCGACUUCCUAUAUGAGUGUUUUCGCUGCAAUUUUUAUCUUGAUCCAAAAUGCGCUUUUCUCCCCCUCACCAUAAAAGCUGAAAGUCAUGACCAUCAUUUGAUCCUCCUUCGAAAAUCAUUCCCGUUCACUUGCGAUACUUGUGGGAAAGAAAGCAAGUGCAUGUCCUACUUUUGUAUCACCUGCUCAUUCGUAGUUCACACGCAAUGCGCUUUCAUUCCAUCGACUCUCAAAGUAAGAAGUCACGACCAUCCUUUGAGUCUGAACCUCAAAUACUCUCCUCAGCUCAACCAAUCCGAGAAUCAGCAAAUUUGCCAACUUUGUGUUCGAAAGGUGGACACAAAAUACAAAGCUUAUUAUUGCUCGAGUUGUGAUUUUGCUGCACAUCCACGUUGUGCUGCAAAAAUCGACAUCAGGGAUCAGACAUUUGAUCCGGAACUCAAAGAUGAUCAGCCUAUUGAGACCCACCCUCUUGGGCCUGAUGAAUCGACUGACACAUUAGCUCAAAUUGUUGACAAGAUCAACCCGGGAAACGGAAAAGCUGAAAUCGUCACAGUGAUCAAACAUAUAUGGCAUGAACAUCACUUAAAGCUUGGAGUUGAGCUAAAGAACAAUGAAAAAUGUGACGGGUGUGCACGGUAUCUUUCCACUCCGCAAUAUUAUUGUUGUUUACAAUGCAAGUUCUUUCUUCACAAAUCUUGUGUUGAUUUACCCACAAAAAAAUUACACCCACUCCAUAAACAUCCGCUCACCCUCCAAACACCCCCAAGCAAAUACCAAAAUUUAGAUUAUUAUGGCCCUGAAAUCUUUAAUUGUGGUGCUUGUGGACGAUUAGCUAAUGGUCUCGUAUACAGUUGUAAAGACUGCCGCUUUCAGCUCAAUGUCCCUUGUAGUUUGAUACCAACCAAAUUUACCCAUGAGGGUCAUGAGCACCCACUUUUUCUUUUGAGCACAAACGCAGGUGAAGGCGAAUGUACCUCAUGUGGCCAGGAUAUCCCUCUGUUAAUACGUUGUGCUGAUUGUGAAUUUUCUAUGGACAUGAAAUGCGCUACACUGCCGCUUACCACAAAAUAUGGGCUCUAUGAGCAACCCUUCAUACUCUCUUACACUGUUGAGGAUCUUAACUCUGCUGGCUAUUACUGUGAUAUUUGCGAGAAAGAGCGGGAUCCAAAGCAUUGGUUCUACUAUUGUGAAGAUCUCCAAUUUGCUGCUCAUCCAGAUUGUAUUAUGGGUAACUGGCUACAUAUGAAGUUUGGGCGCACUUACACAUACGACGUCCACGAGCAUCCUCUAACUUUUGUUGAGAGGACCAAUUAUCAUCCUACUUGUCGAGCUUGUGGUGGAUCUUACGAUCCAUUGAUCUAUGUAUGUGACAAAUGUGAUCAUUUCGUUCUUGAUCAUUGGUGUUUGAGUAAAAUGAUCAAGAAGAAAAGACAUAUAUAUAAUAGAGCAAUGCUACACAGUAGGCCCCCACCCAACACACCAGUGUAAAAUAACAGAGGGUAAAAUAGUAAAUUCAUAUUUUUCAAUGGUGUGAAAAAGUGUGAGGCUGCUGUGUAGAUUUAUUCUAUAUAAUAUAUAGCUGUUGCGCGAGCAUGGAAGGAUCUAGUAGCUACCUGCAUAUUGAAAUUGGAAGCAAGCAGGUAGCUAGCUAGCAUCUACAGUACUACUCUGUCUUGGGCGGGUGAAUAAAAUCCUCCAUCAUGAGGUUAUUGAUGAUGAUGAAGAUCGAUGAGGCUGAUCUGAAAGAAGAAUGCAAUAUUAUGGAUUUUAGACAUUAUAAAUUGAAUGGUAGGUAAUGAAGAUGAUGAUAUGAUGCAUGGAUGGUUGUAAAUCAAUAUUAUUAUACAUAUGGUGUUGUAACGUACUACUAGUACUGGUAUUUAAUUAAUAAAUAAAUUAUUGUGUUUGAAAUA